CCAGCCCAGCCCCUCUCGGCGCUGCCAGCUCGGUGCUGCCGCCAUCUUCCUGGAGGGGAGGAUAGAGGCGAAGGCCCCCUCCCCGUCAGCCCUCUGCACUCACGCCGCCACCUGCCCGUCCCCGGCCGCCCUUACCCUCAGCGGCCACCUGGCUCCUUCUAAAGAAGCGCCCUUUCUCCCAGUCCAGUUUCCCGUAAGGUGAAGAUUCUCGUUACCUGUACCACUCUUAUUAGCGUGAGGAAACCAAGCUCAUAAGAUAGAGGAGACACCAGGAAAGAUGUCUAAGCAACAACCAACUCAGUUUAUAAAUCCAGAAACUCCUGGCUAUGUUGGAUUUGCAAAUCUUCCCAAUCAAGUUCACCGGAAAUCAGUGAAAAAAGGUUUUGAGUUCACAUUGAUGGUGGUUGGUGAAUCGGGUCUAGGAAAGUCGACUCUCAUCAACAGCCUGUUCCUGACUGAUCUCUACCCAGAAAGAAUCAUACCUGGAGCCGCAGAGAAAAUUGAAAGAACUGUCCAAAUUGAGGCUUCCACUGUUGAGAUUGAAGAGCGUGGAGUCAAGCUGCGCCUUACAGUGGUGGACACUCCUGGCUAUGGGGACGCCAUCAACUGCAGGGACUGUUUCAAGACGAUCAUCUCCUACAUUGACGAGCAGUUUGAGCGCUACCUGCAUGACGAGAGUGGACUGAAUAGGCGGCACAUCAUUGAUAACAGGGUGCACUGCUGCUUCUACUUCAUCUCACCUUUUGGACAUGGGCUGAAGCCCUUAGACGUGGCCUUCAUGAAAGCAAUACACAACAAGGUGAACAUCGUGCCUGUCAUUGCAAAGGCCGACACUCUCACUCUGAAGGAGCGGGAGCGGUUGAAGAAGAGGAUUCUGGAUGAAAUUGAAGAACAUAACAUCAAAAUCUAUCACUUACCUGAUGCAGAGUCAGAUGAAGAUGAAGAUUUUAAAGAGCAGACAAGACUCCUCAAGGCCAGCAUCCCGUUCUCUGUGGUGGGGUCCAACCAGCUGAUCGAAGCCAAAGGCAAGAAGGUCCGAGGGCGCCUCUACCCGUGGGGUGUGGUGGAGGUGGAGAACCCCGAGCACAACGACUUUCUGAAGCUGCGGACGAUGCUCAUCACUCACAUGCAGGACCUCCAGGAGGUGACCCAGGACCUUCACUAUGAAAACUUCCGUUCCGAGAGGCUCAAGAGAGGCGGCAGGAAAGUGGAGAACGAGGACAUGAAUAAAGAUCAGAUCUUGCUGGAAAAGGAAGCUGAACUCCGCCGUAUGCAAGAGAUGAUUGCGAGGAUGCAGGCGCAGAUGCAGAUGCAGAUGCAAGGCGGUGACGGGGACAGCGGGGCGCUCGGGCACCACGUGUGAGAAAACACUCUUGGAUACAAAGAAGAACACAUUCCUGAUGAAUGCCACAUCGCAACUUUCCAUAAGAUCCUUAGAAGGGUGCCCAUCCACAUUUACAAUACCUGUGCCUGAGAAUUUAAUUUUUUUAAACUAUUGGUGUGUUUUGUAUGAAGUACUUUUAACAUUUGUAUUUCACUGCUAUGUUAUACUUUAUACUUCAUGAGGUAAACGCUCACUUUUGUUUUCUUCCUUAACUAACCACUAAUAUUAGAAUUGAUUUCCAAGUAUCAGAGUGUGUAAUUAAUAUUGAAUUCCCUUGAUUUAGUUGGCCUGAUUAGUCAUUGAUGAGCACUCUUGACAUCUAGAACAUUCAGAUUUACCAGGAGUGUUCCUUGGUGGUAGACGUGUGCCUGUGACAGAAAGCUGUGCAGUCGCUCCACAUGGAGACUCUUCCUUCAUUUUAUAUUUGUGCACAACAAACACCUAAAACCAGUUUUGCUGCUAUAGUUCAAUACUGUUAAUCUGCACAUUUAUCUAUUAACCAAGUAGAAAACAGAAGUCACCUAAAAAGAUAGGUUUACACUUGAACAACUUUUAAAAACAGGCUUUAGGCGUGGGUUUGAAGAGCACUUUGGAUUCUAAUGCUAGGUCAUUUUUAACACCUGUGCAGGGAACUCCCCUGUGGACACUUGUCCUGUAGGCGCUGGAGACGCUGCUGGGCUGCAUUGUGGAGAGCGCAGCAGCGAACCCCAGCUUUGUGCUGCUGCAAGCUUCUUGGCACAGUGAGAGUCAGAAAACUAUUUUUUCUGACCUAAAGUAGAAAAAAUUUUUAAAGAAUCCAAUUUUUAGAAAUUUUAUACUGCACUUUCAUGUAUUUCUGUAACUGCAAGUGUGAAAUUAACCCACCUCAGCAAUGGUUAAUUGGGGUCAUUAUGACUGUCUCACCUAUUUUCAGCCAUCAUCUUUCCUUCAUCUUGUGGUUAGAAUGAAAGGCAUUUUAAGUCUGUCCUGCAGGCUGCUAGACAGGUGUCCACCAUGGUUACACUGGGUGCCCUGCUGUGCGUGGGGCCUUAGCUUUCCUGCCCUUCCCAUUCCUCCUGCUGCCAGAGGGACUCUUCAGCAGACACUUUCUCUCCACUUCUCCCAGCGCCAGGAGAGUUUACCCCAGAGGGAUGGGACAAGAGAUGACGGUUACGGAGGGAGCAAGCCAGCUCAGUCUUUUCAUUUUGCUGCAACAGGAGGAGUUGAACUGAAGAAAGUGUUUGAUGAGAGAAAGUGAUUUGGGGGGAGGGCUUGUUUUGUUUUGGCCGGGGAAAAAAAAUUAAGAUGUGAUGGUCAAAACGCUGGUUAUGAAGGUGUUUUGCAAGAGGUCACUCCGUUUUCCCGCCUGCUUUGCCCCUCACAUUAUCACGAGCAGUUCCAGACCUCUGGAAGGCAGUUGAUGAUCUGGGUUAUCUUGACAGUUAUGGGAAAAGUUACUAAAAGCAUUUUCAAGCAGUGUAAGCCCUGUGUGUUUGGGUCAAAGUGCUGCUUAGUGCUAGGUGCCACCUGAUGGUGGGGUGUGGGCCAGGAGAUCUACAGGGUGUCACUCUUUUGAAUCCCAUUUUAUUUUGUUGUCCAAAUCUAAACAUACACUUUCUCUACUAGAUAAUUGCUCUUGCUGAGAUCUUACCUAUAGAAAUAUUUUUGAGAUCAAUUUACACAGCAAUUUUGUAUGCAUUUAAACUAACCUUUUUUAAAAUAAAGCACUAUUGUUUAAAUAUUGA